CGAGUGGGAAAUCAUAGUCUCAGUUGCACUCAGCCAAUCUAGUUUUGCGAAUCAUGCGCUCCAUAUCUUUUGUCGUUGUGAUCUUUGCCGGAAUCCUGGCCUACAGCAAUGCAGCUCCCCAGCUGAAUUUGGGUUGGCUGCAGGCGCUCCUGGCGGAGGCUGGUCAAAGGAACACGACGGUUGAAUUCGGAAACAACACGGUGAUCAUUUCGGGAGUGUCCAAUGCCGUUGCCAACAGCAAUGAAGGAACCAUCCGUCCGACUCCCCCAUCGAACCAAUGGAAUUAUGAAGGAUAUAACCAAUGGUAUAACUACAGGUAUCCCUACAACUAUAACGGAUUCUAUCGCAUAGUUCCCACUGUCAAUGGAAAGAUCGUCGAUGAAUCCCAAGAGAUUUCCCAUGAGGUUUCCCAUGAUCUAAGUGACGAGGAGUCUGGUGAGGAUCAAGUUCACCAGGAGGAUCAAACCGAAGAAGACCCAGAGGAUGAGGCUGAACUCUCAGAGGAUGAGCUCGACGAGGAAGAUGAGGAGGAGGCGGAAGAUAGGCCGCAGGACGAGUCCGAGGAGGCUGCCGCUGAAGAAACUGAAUAUGAGGAUGAACAGAAGGAUCCCGAGGAAGAGGCUGCUGACCAGGAUUUGGAAGCCCUCGAGAAAGAGCUGGCCGAUAAAGAAGCCGAACAAGACAUUAGCCAUAUGAAUACAAAUCACUGACAAUCAGCAAAAUAGUCUUCACAAAACUGCAACAUUUAAAAACUUUCAUGACCAAAAACAACAUGUAACACAUUUCAUUACAUAGUUUUGGGAUCAUUCUUAAUAAAAAACGACUAUACAAGACAAAA